AUGACUGGUGCAAAGCUGAACGUCCGUGCCCUAUACAAGGGAACUUUUAUACAUACUCCGGUGCUGGGGUCCUUGGAGGUGAUUGAACAUGGCAUUGUUGGUGUCGAUCACGAUGGAACCAUCGUGAUACUGGAGCGCAACAGAUCAUUGGAACAAGUCAUCGAAGACUUUGAUCUGGAGGAGGUUGAGACUGUUGAUGUUGACCAUGGUGGUAACAAGUUCUUCUUCCCUGGGUUUAUAGAUACGCAUAUCCACGCCCCACAGUAUCCAAAUAACGGUAUCUUUGGUAACUCUACACUGCUGGACUGGCUGACAACGUACACUUUCCCAUUAGAGGCUUCGCUCAAGGAUUUGACCAAGGCAAAGUUGGUUUACGAUAAGGUGAUUGAAAGAACUUUGGGGAACGGCACUACAUGUGCAUCGUACUACGCAACGAUAGAUACAGAUGCUACCAAUCUAUUGGCUGAUUUGUCCAUUGAACAUGGCCAAAGGGCAUUCAUCGGGAAAGUCUGUAUGAAUCAAAACUCUCCAGAUUAUUACUGUGAAACAUUUGAAGAGUCCAAAGAGAGCACUCUCAAGGUUAUAGAACAUAUCAACAAAGUUGAUCCACAUAACAAGCUGGUUGCUCCAAUCCUCACACCGAGAUUCGCACCUUCGUGUACGGAUGAACUGCUCCAUUGGCUGGGCAAUCUUAAGAAGGAGCAUGGCUAUCAUUCCCAAACGCACAUCUGUGAGAAUAAGGAUGAGAUCAAAUGGGUCCACGAGCUAUACCCAGAUGCAGAGGGUUACACCGAUGUCUACAAAGACCAUAACUUGUUGGACGAGAAGACAAUCCUUGCCCAUGCGAUCCAUCUAACUGAGCAUGAAAAGGACAUGAUUAGAGAUACAGGUGCAGGCGUAUCUCAUUGUCCUAUUUCCAAUUCCUCAAUCACGUCAGGUGAGUGUCGUGUUAGAUGGCUCUUAGACAACGGCAUCCCUGUUGGAUUGGGCACAGACGUUUCUGGUGGAUUCUCACCUUCCAUAUUACAGACGGCAAGACAAGCUGUCCUGGUCUCACGGCAUCUGGCAAUGUCCACGGCUUUGGAGAAGGACAAGCUCUCAGUGGAAGAUGUACUAUACCUGGCGACUCAAGGUGGUGCGAAGCUCGUUGGUCUCAACGACAAGAUUGGAUCGUUUGAACUCGGCAAACAAUGGGAUGUUCAACUGGUUGAUUUAGACGCUAAAGGGUCCCAAGUUGAUGUGUUUGAGUGGCAAGUACCACACAUAGUGGAGAUUGAAACAUACAAACUGAAGUGGAGUAACGUUAUUGCCAAAUGGCUAUUCAACGGUGAUGAUAGAAACACGACAAAGGUUUGGGUUAACGGAAGAUUGGUCAAGGCGUUGUGA